GCAUUCCACGACCGUCUUAAGACGGUGGAUGACGAGGGAAGGUAGGAUCCAAUAAUCCGUGCAGAUAUCUAGUAAGAAGCCGCGUUAGUACCAGCAGUCCACCUGAGUAGUACCACUCAUCCGUGCUCGCAAUCGGUACCGGUACUCACAAUUCUUGUGUAGUCUUCGCUGUGAGGUUGUCGCGAGUAACCGUGCCUACGUUUACGUGCCUAUAACCUGUGGUCAUGACCUGACUUCGGAUUUUCCUUUCGUUCUGAGUUAUAAGCGGAUUUAUCCAAAGCCAUCUGAGCAUUCCAGCAACAAUAACGGAUUAAUCUCACCUAGUGCUCCGAGCAACGGAUACCGAUAAGUUAACCUGGCCCAGAGACCUUCACCGUCGUCUUCGACGGCAGAUGAACCGUUCGUCAGCAUCCUCGCAGACGGUGUUAUACUGGAUGCAGUUCCUUGCGUCAUAGGAAUGGACCUGUCAUAGCCCAGAUCACGACAAAGUAGGACGAAUUAGUGCUAGUGAAAUCAGAGGUCAUGAGAAGCAGAAUCUUCAUCCUAUGGCUGGCAUCAGCGAUGCUGAUGGUCAUUACCGCAGCCCAGUGCCCCUGGCAAUUGGAGGUCCCGGACCUGCAAUCCUCCUGCCUGUGCAGCUACAAUCUCGGUCACGAAUUGUCCGUCCAAUGCGAUAUGGUGGACUGGCAAAAAUUACUGACAUCGUUACACAAAUACGCGACAGACACACCUCUCGAUCUGCUGUACGUCAAUAAUUCGACCAUAACGUCGCUGAAAGAUAACAUAUUCGUGAACCUGAAGAUACAGAACAUACAAUUAUCGGGAUGCAAGAUCAAGACUAUCGAGAGCGACGCCUUCAAGGGUCAAGAGCGUCACCUGAAGAACCUGAACUUGCAGGAUAACGACAUAGGCGAGGUCCCAGUCGAGAGCCUUAGGUCGCUCAAGACUCUCACACUUCUCGACUUCUCGCACAAUAGAAUAACCAGGGUACCACCCUACGCUUUUCAAAAUUUGACCAGACUGGCGACCUUAAAACUGGCCGAUAACAACGUUACCCUCGAAGAAAACGCCCUAAGCGGUCUAGAGGGAUGCUUGAAGAAUCUAAACCUGAAAGGAACGAAGCAGAAAGAAGUGCCGAAAGCUAUACAAGGGAUGAGAACCUUAGCGUUCCUCGACUUAUCGCAAAACAGUCUGAUAGAAUUGGGAGGGCAGAACAACGAAAACGCAUUCGAAGGGUUGAAAUCUCUAACCGCCAUCAAUUUGGAACGAAAUCUUAUCCAACAUAUGGGCGAAAACGCCUUCAAAGGUGUUAGGAAAACUUUGAGUUCACUAAGUCUCUUAAACAAUCUCCUACCAGACUUUCCAACGGCUGCUUUGAGUAGCUUGAACGAACUCAGAGUUCUAGAUAUAGGAUUCAACCUUCUAACAGAUCUACCUCAUGAUGCUUUCAAGGGAAAUCCUUCGAUAACCCUUCUAGCACUAGAUGGAAAUCCUCUCGUAACUAUACCUUACCAAUCCCUAUCGCAUCUGAAUAAAACGUUGAGAGGUCUCAGUUUGGGAGGUCGUUUCCUGCAUUGCGACUGUAAAUUAGCGUGGGUGAUCAAGUGGAUACGCGAGGGCGACCUUCAAGUGACGAGCAGGGAAAGGAAUCCACAAUUUUGCGGAAGUCCACCACGAUUCAGAGACAGAGGUUUCUAUAGCAUCCAACCUGAAGAACUAUGCACAACCACCGAAGAUAGAAAAGAAAAUAUGGGAGUGGCAACUGUAGUCAGUGCAGAAUUGGACGAUGUUAAUUUAUCAGCACCUGACCCACCUCCAAAAGUAACCACAACAUCGACAACGACAACGAAAAAACCACCGAAAAUAAUCACCUCAACAACUGUUACUACCACCACGCAGACCACAUCGAAAGCGACCAGCACAGCAUCAACCAGUACAACGACCACAUCAACGACCUCGAAAAUUACCACCCCUAAACACUCGACGCAAAAACCCAAAGUAAAGACGACGGUUACGCCUUGGACGCAAAGGCCUUCCUUGAUCAAGAAUUACGCACAGCGAAACAAAGCUGAUGAAUCCAAGGAAGUGCUGGUGAAAACCGCCUUCAGGCAAGAUAAUUCAGUGAUAAUCCAGUGGGGAUCGGACACUGCCAACAUACUCGGCUUCAGGGUGGUUUACAGGCUGUUCGGCGACAAGAGUUUCAAGCAAGGGCCGCCUUUAGAGGCCAGCGAGAGGGAGUUCAAAAUCAAGAAUGUGCCUUCCCAGGAAUGCAUAAUUGUCUGCGUGGUAUCCCUAGAAGACAUAAACGUAACUCCCGAAACAGUGCCGUACUCGCAAUGCCGAGAAGUCAGGACCGUAUCGUCGGCGUCUUCCAACAUGGACAAGAUAACAAUAGCUGCCAGUGCCGCCAUCUGCGGCACGAUAGUCGUGGCCAUCAUCAUAUUCGUGGCGGCAUCCAGAAGACGUUCCAGGAAGUUGCACGAACUGCAUCAGCACAAGAUGGGAUUGAAAAACGGGCUGCCAAUGGCCGGUCUUCCCGUGAACUGUUGCACAGGAAUGGGACAGGGAGCUAGUCCAGGUGGUCCGCUGUCGUCCUUAGCCGCGUUGAACGCUUACAAUAACAGCAAGGAUUGGGAUCAAGUAUCUGGAUACAGCACGCACAGCGCCCAUCGACCACGUAUGUUCUCAGUUGACCAGACCCCAUCGCUGAUCCCAGAUGACAUGAGAUCGCACUUUAGCAACAAAGGUAAUAAACCGAGGUCCAUAGCCGAUGGACAGUCCCAGCACAGCUUCUCGAAUCACUCGGGAAGGUACCUGACCGCAAACGCAUUUCCCAAUAAUUUGUUGUCCUCAAGGCAAGAUCUACGCCAGUCCCGUCAAUCUCUAGCCAUGCAAUCUGAUAGAUUAUCCACUAGGUUGGGUCCAGCUCAAUCGGUAGCUUCGUCGACUAGGAGAUCGAGACCUAGGUCUAGGUCCAGAGACCACAAUCGGCCGAGCAGCAGAUACAGCAUCGCUGGAUCAACUCACACGCUGAACAACUAUUGUGAUAACUCGGACAACUGGACAGAUCACGAUAUGGAAAUAUACAUGGCCAGAAAUCCAACGACAAGAAAUGGACUUGUUCCACUUUGAAUGGAAGGAUAUGGCAUAAUGGAGAAGUUAAUAAAAAAAAUAAAACCAGAAUGUGAUGUGAUAACAAUAAACAUUGGGAAAAUUCCUUUGAAAAAAUCAUGGGGUUAUCAUGAACUUCGAGUUUUAAUUGCACAAUACGUCUGUUUUCUUCAAGUUGAAGGAGGCUGGAAUAGAAUUCAAUUCAAAAUAUUUAUUCAAAUGAAAAUACCUUUGUUGGUAUUGUAAAUUUGACUGAUUAUUAUAGGGUAUAGUUCAGUUAUAUCAUUGAGGGUUCUAAUACUUAAUGAUAUUUCACAAUAGUAUUUGUGAAUUUGAGUAACUUAAAUUAUUGUUUUGUAUACUCUUAAUUAAUUUAAACUGAGAAAAUUAACUUUAAAAUUUUCAUAUCAUAAGUAUUGUUUUUGUAUAUAGUAGAUUCUAGGUAAACGAAAUAAUACUCAUUGUGCAGUUGCUUUCUUAAUUUUCAAAACGAAAUUUUAUUUCUAGCUGCUCCACUAUCAAGUCUGAAUCAUAAUUUUUCUUAGGCAUUUUCUUGAAAGUGACUGAAAAAAUUAUAUGUUUAUGUACACUUGAUAUUGGAGCAGUAAGUAAUAAAUUUCAGAUGGACAAGAUGUUGUUCAUCUGAAUUAAAUAUUGAAACAUUAAAUGAUGCAACCAAGCAAAUUUUUUGUUUCAGUCAGACACUUUCAUAGAUAAAAUAAGCACCUACAUAAGAUACAUUUUGUGAAUAUGCAGUAUUGAAAGGUAUACCAAAAAGAAUACCAUAUUAAUCUCUAUUUAAUAAGAUAACAGCAUUACAUUGUUCCAUUCUACCUUCCCCAUAAACUUAUAAAAUGUAAAUAAAAAGUUUAUGUAUUGA